CGGGCUAAUUUCUUAAAAGGCCGACGCAAAUUGGACCCAUAUGUUGUCUGUCUUCCUGCUUUCGUCCAAUGCCGAUAGCAGAACAAAGCGAGAACUGAGGUGGAGAGCAGAAAGCUAGAGAGAGAGAGAUGGAGACGAAGACAAGUGAAGAGGCGGAAGGAGCAAGCGUAGAGUUCGAGCCGUCGGACAUAGAGUACGUAAGCUACGGGGGUGAACAUCACCUACCCCUUAUCAUGCGCCUUGUGGACCAGGAACUUAGUGAGCCCUACUCCAUCUUCACUUACCGAUACUUCGUCUACCUAUGGCCUCAUCUCUCUUUCCUGGCAUUCCAUAAAGGUAAUUGCGUUGGAACCGUUGUGUGCAAGAUGGGAGAGCACCGGAACACUUUCAGAGGUUACAUUGCGAUGCUCGUCGUGAUCAAACCUUACAGAGGGAAAGGGAUCGCUACAGAACUUGUAACUAGAUCUAUUAAAGUGAUGAUGGAAUCAGGGUGUGAAGAGGUAACUUUGGAAGCUGAGGUGACAAACAAGGGAGCCCUUGCAUUAUAUGGUCGUCUUGGUUUUAUAAGGGCAAAAAGGCUUUUCCGGUACUACCUGAAUGGAGUUGAUGCAUUCCGGCUUAAGUUAUUGUUGCCCCGCCCAGAGAUAAACCCUGCCCUGCUUAUGGCUGCAAACAACGACAACAGUCUUCUACACGAUAGUAACAAACCACCGGAAGGAAGCUCUCAACAUUAUUAGAGUAAAUAGUUCAAGAUCGAACACAGCUGUUCAUUUAUUUCUCCUUGUAUUGCUUGGUGUAACGGUGGAAUCUCGGUCCAACAAGAAUGAGAAUCCAGUCCAUACCUCCCUAAACCCCAGGUAUCUGUGACCAGCAUUGGGUAAUGGCCUUUUUUCUGCUGGUUUUUUGUUCUUGUGUUAAUGAAAGUGUAAGUGUUAUCUUUGUAAGUUUCUAUGUCCUUUAAUGGGUGAUUGCAUCCCAUAUAUCAUUCACUUCCAAUUUUUCAUUUAGAGGCCAUCAAUAGACUUUGUAUGAAUCUUGAUCCAACAUUUGAUUCAACUAGCAAGUGUGCAUGUGCUUUGCAGGUGACAA